UGCUCUCUGACCUGCUCUACUGGAAGAAAAACCUCCUCCUGGGGCUCUGCUUUCUGGCACGAUGCCUUCUCUCCCCAGUUCUGAUGAGCUGAUUUUCUUUGUGAAUGGAAGAAAGGUCGUAGAGAAGAGCGCCGAUCCUGAAAUGAACCUGCUGUUCUACCUGAGGAAAGUCCUCCGCCUCACAGGCACCAAGUACGGCUGUGGGAGUGGAGGCUGUGGCUCCUGCACUGUCAUGGUGUCAAGAUAUGACCCCAAGACCAAGAAGAUCCGUCAUUAUCCAGUUACCGCGUGCCUGGUGCCCAUCUGUUCUCUGUAUGGGGUUGCUGUCACCACGGUAGAAGGUAUAGGAAGCAUCAAAACCAGGAUUCACCCCGUGCAGGAAAGACUUGCCAAGUGUCAUGGCACACAGUGUGGCUUCUGCAGCCCAGGGAUGGCGAUGUCCAUCUACACGCUGCUGAGGAACCACCCAGAGCCAACCCCUGAGCAAAUAAUGGAAGCUCUUGGAGGUGAGCCUUCCUGGCCUUCUGCAGGCAAGACCUGA